GUAAAGCACACGUUCAUUGCCCAAAUGAAGGUGAAGCUGAGACCUUUUAUGCUAGCUCAACUAUUUGCGACUUGAAUGCUGUAGAGUCCAUUGGUUAUGAAGCCUUGGAUAUUGGUAGUAUCUCCCCGUUGGUGGUUAGGCCGGAUAAAGGAACACCGCCUACGUCACCAAGCAAGUCGAACAACUUCUUCAGUAAGCUCGUGGAUCUAUCCCAGAGAAGUGAUACUCCUAUGAGUACUGAAAGUGGAAAAGAUGCUCAGACCGGCAACACCCAGGACAAGGUGGGUGAUAUUCAAAGUCAGAUCGAUGAGAUCAAGUCCAAUUUGAGUCGUUUGACUACGAUGGUUGAGGAGGUUUUCCAAGACCGUGGCUCUCGUAAUUGGGUACGUGAAGACUAUCGUGGACGUCCCUAUAAGAAGAGCUGGGGUAAAAGCUAUGGCUCUGAUGACGGUUGGCAUAAGAAGGGUGAUGAUGGUUGCAAUAAGCGCCACUCGAGUGGUAGCUCUGGCAGUCGUUGGUAA